AUGUCCCACUACCAAGGUAAAUCCCUUCAGGUGCCGUCCUACAACCAUGAUGGUCCGGGUGACGAGGAUGGUCGCCACAGCCGCAGUGGUUCCGUUUACUCCCAGCACGACUCUGCGCGCGGCUCUGUCCAUGGUGGUUCCCAUCCUCCCUCGGAUGCAGGUCCUCCUCAUUCGAAAUCUGCGUCUCGUCCGACUAGUGAGGCGGGCAAGCCGCCCACUGCUCCUGGUAGUGUCCAGGGUUCUACUGGCGACGUUGCGACUGUCGGCCAGGGCGGCAAAUGGCCCGCCGCACAUGGCUUUGACCCUGCUCGCGACCGUGAUCCGAGCAAGGAGCAUGCUAUGAGCGGAAAUAACAACUUCAACAAGAAUCUUGAGCUGCCUCCUGAGGCCUAUGUCACAAAGCUCGAGACUCCAUUUGCUAGGCGCCCGGGAAUGGGUAGCCUUGGCAAGAAGAUCACUCUGCAGUUGAACUACUUUCCAAUUCUUAGGAUGGAGCUUCCAGACAUUUAUCUCUACGAUCUGUCGAUCAGUCCGACUCCCCUUAAACCCGAGCAGGUAAUCAAGAAAUGCUGGAAUACCCCUACCUGGCAGGCAAAGAUCGGCAGCACCCGCUCGCCUUGGAUCUUUAACAAGCGCAACCUCGCGUGGUCCACCCACAAGACCGAGGAUGGAGGCAUCCGCGCUCUUCUGGAUCUUGAUGCUGAGUAUGGUCGCACUGGCGGUCGUGCCGCAAACAAGUUCAACUUCUCAGUCAAGCCAGUCGGCAGCAUCACUAUGGACUCUCUCCGCUCAUAUCUACAGGGCAAGAUUGCUUUUAACACCCAUAUCUUGGAGUGUCUCAACUUUCUUGACCAUGUCCUGCGCGAGGGUCCCUCCCAGAAGAUGAUUCCCAUCAAGCGGAACUUCUAUUCAAAGUCGCGCCACGCUACACCCAUGGGUGAUGGUGUCAUCGAGGUCCUGAAGGGUAUCUUUGCUUCUCUUCGCAUGUCUCAGGUAAGCAAAAGAUUCUCACUGAAGUCUGGUCGACGAAUAAUGCCAAUACUAAUACGCAAACAGUCGAUCAAUGACGGCAAGUUUGGCCUAGGUAUCAACGUAGACGUUGCCAACACUUGCUUCUGGGUUGCGCAGAACUUCGAGGAUCUUGUGCGCAAUUAUCUGGGCUCAGUGGACCGGCGGUGGUCCGGUGUUCCUGUCAACCAGCUCGCCACCCUGCUUCAGCCUGUCAUGCCCCCGGGAAAAACUAAGAUGCAGGUACAGCCCUCGCCAGCUUUUACGGCCCUCCGUAAGCUGGCCAAGAUCAAGUUCACCGUGAGGCAUCGCGGCAAGACUGAAGACCACAAGAUUUACACAGUGAAGCGGUUUUCCUUUGAUCCCAGCUAUGGAGAGGAAGGCUCCAAUGCAAAGACUGUGAAGUUCUCCAAGCGGGAUGGUACCACCAUCUCGGUCUAUGAUCACUUUCAAAAGCAGUACAAUGUGCGCCUCAAUCACUGGAAGCUGCCUCUUAUCGAGACCACCCGCGAUGGCUUCUUUCCUAUGGAGGUAUGCACUGUUGAGCUCUACCAGCGGUACAACUACAAACUUGACCCGGAUCAGACAGCCAAGAUGAUUAAGUUUGCUGUUACCCGCCCCGCACAACGUGCUAGCGACAUUAUGGCCAACGUUAAUGAGCUUCGUUGGAAUGAGGACCCCUACCUGAAGCACUUCAAGAUACAGGUCUCACAGACCAUGGAGACUGCGCCUGCACGUGUGAUCCCCAACCCUGAGAUCCAAUACAAGGGAUCCAAGGUAAACCCAGGCGUAGCCGGUCGGUGGGACUUGCGCGGCAAAGUCUUCUCGGAAGCUGGAACUAUGCCCCUCCAAUCUUUUGGCGUUGUCAUCAUCGACAAUUGUGUUGACAAGGCUGGAGUCGAGACAUUCAUGAAGAACUUCCUCAGUGUCUUCAAGGCACAUGGAGGUAGAAUCGCCCCGAACGCUAAGCCAGUCGUUCUUACAUGCUCGUCGGUCAGCAUGAAUCUAGGCCAGGUUGUAGAGACAGCCUACCAGGCAGUUGGAAAUGCCAACAAAGCUCAUCCUAACUUGAUUUUCUUCAUUCUUCCAAACAAGAGCAGCAUCAACUACGAGCGCAUCAAGAAGUCAGCUGACUGCCGCUACGCCCUUGUCACUCAAUGUAUGCAGGCUGCACAUGUACGCAAGAACCAGGCGCAGUACUGCUCCAAUGUCGCCAUGAAGGUGAAUGCCAAGCUGGGUGGACAAACCUGCAAGGUUGCCACUGCUUUCAAGAAGCCUACCAUGAUGAUCGGCUGUGAUGUUUCUCAUGCGGCUCCUGGCGCACAGCAGGCUUCCAUGGCUGCUAUUACCGUAUCCAUGGACAAAGACUGCGCUCGCUAUGCUGCGGCUGUGGAGACGAAUGGUUAUCGUUGUGAGAUCCUUCUUCCACAGAAUGUCCGUGGCAUGUUCGGCCCUCUUAUUGAGCGUUGGUGCAAAACGAUGCGCUGUGCUCCAGAGCACGUGUUUUAUCUCCGCGACGGUGUUUCUGAGGGUCAAUUCGCUCACGUCAUGGCCUUGGAGGUUGCUGAACUGCGGAAGGUCCUCAAUAAAGUCGGCAACAACAACCCGAAGAUCACAGUCAUAGUUGCCACCAAGCGUCACCACAUUCGCUUCUUCCCCAAGCCUGGCGAUUCAUCUUCUGGUGACAGAAAUGGCAAUGCUCUCCCAGGCACUGUAGUCGAACGUGUAGUGACCCAUCCGUUCCACUACGACUUCUAUCUUUGCUCACACGUUGCCAUCCAAGGCACGGCGCGCCCGACUCACUAUCAGGUGAUCCACGACGAAGUUGGCUACAGCCCAGACGAGCUUCAGAAAAUGCUGUACCAGCAGUGCUAUCAGUAUGCUCGCUCAACCACGCCCGUAUCGCUGCACCCCGCGAUUUACUAUGCACACUUGGCAAGUGCUCGUGGCCGCUGCCAUGAGAACACCGCAUCUUCAGAGAAGGACCCCAAGACGAAGGCCCAGCCCGGUCAUUUUGCAAAGGGUGGCAACACCGAGAGCAGCCUUCCAAGUCUCACAGAAUCCGUUCCUCUCCUUCCUUGCGGUGCCCAUGGGCAGGCCUUCGCGGGCAACAUGGACCACUUCAAGCACACCAUGUGGUACAUUUGA